GUGAACAGAAAAUUGAAUCGUUGUUGCUUUCUUUCUCCUCUCACAAUGGCAAUACUUUCGACCUCUCUCCACCGUUCUUCACAGUCCGUUGCCGCCUCUUCAAUCGCCCUUCCUCUCUGUUCAACCUUUCAUCUUCGGUCGGAAAUCUGCUUCUCUUUGCACCGUCGCCGCCUGUCACCUCUCUUCUUCUCCUCCAAUUCUUAUGCCGAAUCCGUCGUUUGCAGCGCAGCAGUACGGCCACCACCGGAUUCCGAUCCGCCUCCCGAGGAGGAUCCCGUUCGUUUAACAGGUUUACCGGCAAUUUUUUCAAAAUUUCGGGACAGAGUACAAAUUUUCCUUGCUGUGUUAUUCUGGAUGUCCCUCUUCUUCUGGACUUCUGCAUUAGAUGGGAGAAACAGACCUAAUAAGGGCUCUCGAUUUAGACGAUAGUUUCGUAGACAAGCAUUCUUUUGUAAAGGAUUGUAGGUUUAGUAUAAAUAGUGGUAGACUACUUGAUUAUACUUGAGAUAUAUUUCAGCCUUUGACGAGGUAGGUAAAGCUUGCUCCACAGUGUUGAUAUUGAUACCCUCCGCUGUAUAUUGUGUAGCCGCAAAUGAGAUAAGGAAUGGGUAUGAAACAAAUUAAAGCAAAACUGUCAUGGAAAGUCGUAUUUUGUAUUGUAUUAUAUUCUUAUCAAGUGUCUUGUAUAUUUCUUGAACCCCCCCUCCCCCCCUCCUAUAUUGAAUAACAUAACCAAGUGAAUUGAAGA